UUCUUACGGCAUGUGACAUUCGUAUUUUAGUUAAUGUAUUAAUCGCUUUAGACACCUACGUUCUAGAAUCAUGAUAUUGACUCUCUACUAGUUGUCGCCUGCUUUUCUUGAGUUCAAAAUGGCGUUUUCUAUGUCGUAUAAUUUAAAUAGUGAUGAAACAUUGUAUUAGCUCAAUUAUUUAGAUAAAUAAGACAAAAGUUCACGUCGCUAAGAAGAAUAUUCUGCUUUAGAUAACUUUGAAAGAAGUGGAAGAAAAUAGUUUAUCGGAAAUAUUUUAUUCCUCAAGUACUUAUGCUAUUUUGUAUUCAUUGGUCUUUUAGACUUGUAAAAUUGUUUUGUUCCUUACUAUUACUAUAACAACUUUUGUAAAUCAUUACAAACUCGUUUAACACGCGAAUGACGUUCACAAAGAGUGGGGAGCGUAAUGGUCUUUGACGUAUGCCAUAGAACAAUGGCUAUGGUUUUCUCACUGAUUAAUAGUUCACAACAUAUUUUUAGGUGAUUUUAUAUAUCGAAACAAAGUUUGUUUGGUGAUUCUAGAACGUUUGUAUUGAGAGAAACAUAGGAUCACCAAGAAAAAUGUGAUUAUGUGGACUAUAUAGUAAUAAUCAGUACUAUGUAUCAACUUAUGUCACGGAUUAGUCAUGUGCAUCUUAUCAGUGCGUUGUUGUUUUGAGCAAAGCCAUGAGCUAUGGUUGAAACUGCACGCACGACUAUUGUUCUUAGGUGUAAUGCCAACAUCGUAUAUUGUAUACUAACUACGUUUUCUCACCAUAUUGGUUGAGUACAUGCAAUAUCUUGUUAUUAAUAUGUCUAUUUAUUUUUUUUUGCCAAUAUUAAUACGUCUAAUUUCUCAAAAAGAUGGUGAUAUUCACGCCAUGCACACUUCAUUCUCUUAUGGGCACUAUACCCGAUCCUGUUAUCCGAACGCGACCCGAAAUACUCGAACCGAAAUAGCAAAAUACCCGAAUGGAUCUUUGAUAUGAGCAUGUUCGGAUAACCGAACCCGAUCAGUUAUAUCUGAUAUCCGAAAGAUUAUCCGAAAUAUCCGAACAUACAUAUAAAUAAGCCUAAAUCUAUAUUUUUCAUCCUCCAUUUAAUUUAGUCGACUGUGCAAUCUCCAUUUAUUUCUCAUCCUCCAUUUUGAUUUUGUUUGUGUGAUGAUUAUAAAUUUGAUUCAGAUUGUAUGAUGCUCAGAAGUUAGUCAAUUUUGUUUGCAACCUUUUGAAGUUAGUCGAUUUUGUUUGGUUUGUCCACAUAUUUAAAUUUUAAAGAGAUUGUUUUUGUUGAUCGAAGAAGUGAUAACAUAACGUACUGAAUAAUUGCUUGUGUUUGAAUGUUAUUGCACAACUUGUUUAGCUUUACAAAAAUAGAGAUAGAAUAUGAAUUAUAUUACUGAACGACUUAUCUUGUUGUCAUAAUACAUAUGCCGUUUGUUUUAGUUAUUUUUUCGUAUUCUAUAAACUUUGUUGAUAGUUUCACUUUGUUUUUGGACGUAUUAUUGUUGUUGUUCACAUUUCAUGUUGUUUUUGGACUAAUAACAUUAAAAUGAAUGAUUUGAAGACAAAACAAAAAAUGCAUUUCAAUUUUUUUUUAAUUUGAAUUUCAGAUAUAUUUGAAUUAAUUAUCCGAACCCAAUUCAAAAUGAAAAAAUAUCCGAACGGAUUAUAUAUCCCUAUACCAAAUAUCCAAAAAUCAUAAAUAUCCGAUUCGAAACCAAAUGGAUAUCCGAACGUCCAUCCCUACGUACCUAUAAAAAUGAACUAUUUCACCUCAACAUACAUCAAUCUUUUGGAUUUGAGUGGUUCGACAAUUGUUUUGGAAAUGGUAAAAAGAUAGAUACGAGAGAUCCAACGUGGUUACAAAAAUUUGCUCUUCCGAUUUGAGAGAUAUUUUGUUUUUGACGGGGGAGACAAAGAACAACAAGUUGCAUUUUAUGUUAAUUAUUUAUGGUUUUUCUUUUACUUUUUUCACUGAUAAAUUUGAGUUUACAAUUUUUUAUUAAAAAUUUGUGAAUGGAAUGCAUCGCAGGCGUGAUUGCAUGCAAUGUCCAAUCAGACUCUAUGAUCAAAUGCACUAAGGCAUACUUUGCAAACCAUGUCAAAUCAAACAUUCAAUCUCUAAUAUUAAAAUUAGGCGCUGAUUAAUUAGGUCUAGACGUCCAAUCAAACUCAUAAGAUUAUAAGUACUUACUUUUAAAUACAAAAAUUUGUAGUGAUAUAAUAUUAUUUGUUAAAAGUCAAGUUUUAUGACUUCGAAUGUUACGAACCGUCCCGCUCCGCACCGCAGUUAACAGUAACAAAAAUCUCUACAUAUACCAUAUAUCUAUACGUUUUUAUAACUUUUAAAACCGCACCGCAGUUAAACCGUUUGUUCCGCACCGCCCAAACCGCAGUUACCAUUCAAACAUAUAUAUUCAGUUAAUGUAUAUAGAAAAGGACCAAAUAACAAUCUACUCACAUGUAAUUAAAGAUGUAGAUGGCUCUACCCAUACCAUGCAACAAGUUUUGAAUAGAGAUUGUUUCAAUGGAAACAAAUGAUACAAAAAUGUCAAAAUGAAAAGGGCUGGCAAAUUAAAUGGUGGUCCAUGUGGCCGUAGAUACUAGAUAGCGCUAAGAUACCAAAUUAAUAUAAUGGUCCACUUCUUAGGAACGAAUUAGGGCAAAAUAUUUGAAUAAAGAAUAAAUAUUGGUUUAAGUUGAAUUGACAGUGUUUAACUAAAUGUGUUAAGCUAUCAUUUCUGAAUUUCCUCUUGUGAUGGGCUCACUGUUGACUGUUUUGGUAAUGGUCCACUCUUAUUACUUAUUAGUCGUAUUACAUAACCAAAUUCACAUGUCUUGUGGGGGCUGCCUUGCUCAAUUCAUGUUGUGCUUAUUGUACAACAAUAUAUCAAUUUGAAUAUUUAUUGUACUGAUAAGUUUAUCAGUACAAGUGCAACGACUGCUAUUCAUCUUACUGUUAUACAUGUGACAUCCCUAUCAAUCCAAUUUAUUCUUGUUAUUAUUUGUUAUCUCUUUAAAACAAACUUAUAAGAUAUUUGUUGGUGGAUUCACAAUAUCCUUUUUUUUAUUCACAAUAUCCAGAUUUGGGACCUCUGAAAAACCUUGUAAAACACAUACGUUUUAGAGUUUUUUUUUUGGGUGCAGCAUACGUUUUAUAGUUGACUGGUCUUUCUAACAUAUUGUAAAUGAUAUAAAACAAUAAUAUGAAAAUUUCAGGAAUGAGAAUGCAGAUAAAGACAUCAUGAAGGUGGUCUAUAGAAAAAAAUUAAAAACGAUAUAUAUGUUUUUCUGUAACGUAAAGAUAAUUCAAACAAUAUAUGUUUGAAGAAGUUAGAUCAAGAAAAGAGAUUACAUGGAGAAAUGAUGAGCCUUGUACAUUAUGAUGUAUGCCACCUCCUCCUGAGAGUUUAGUGAUAUAUAUCCUCUUACCGUUGAAGGCUCGUGUUCUCAUCAUUGUAUUGAACCCCUUGCCAAUUAAAUAUGUGUUAAUAAUGGUAUUCUCGAGUUUUUUUUUUAAUACACAAAUAUGUGAGCUUUGGAGUUGUAAUUAAGUAUUUGUUGUGUAUGUGUUAUAAUGGAGCUGACCACUCUCUUGCUCGACCCAUAUAAUGCCCAGAGUAUGCGCUCUUGCCUUUGUGGAUCAACACCAGAUUAUAAACUCCGUUCAUGUGAGACGAAAUACCUACAUAGGCAAAGGUCAAGAUAAAGUAAGCAGAUAUGAUCACGUAGUUUACUACUUGCUUUGGAAGAAUUGCUUACGCUGAAGAAGCCAGCAACAACUCUCUGCCUCAUUGUUCUCUCUUUGGUCAUUUCAGCUAUGGGAAUAGAUUCUCAACUGUAUGACGUGGAGAUUGAGGAAAAGGCCAACUAUGAACCCUGGAAUGUCCCGCUGAUUUCCCUUGAGAGUAAGCUGAAUGAUGAAGCUGUUGUUGGUCAUCCUUCAACGGUUGAAAUGCUUGAAGAUGGAUCGUGUGACCAUGUUUUGUGUAGUCAUAUCAAGUCACUUGUUGUUCCAAUGUUUGAUUGUGAUGUGAAGCCCAAACCAUCUAAAUCCAAGAACAAGAAACCACACAUGCCUUUACAUAAAUCAUCAAAGUCAAAGAAAGUUUCGCCUCUUCCGUAAAGACAAGGUGCUUCUCUGCUCUAAGUGGCCAGAAGAAAGUGAUGAUAAGAGAAGACGAAAGAGAAGGUUGUGUCUUGCAUCCCUCUGAAAGUUGUCUUCAGUAGGAUAAACGAAGCAGUGAAUGGGUCAGCAAGACAAGUGCACAGAACAUUACCUAUCUACAUGAUGAGAUGAGUUUGGUCUCUGGUUUGUUUUCUCCUUUCUCACCUCGGUUAAAAGGUGAAUAGUCCAGUUUAGCAGGUGAUGGAUGGUUUAGUGUACAGUACAGAGAUAUCUUAGCUUUAUGAGACAGAAUUAGAGCAAAGAAUAUGGAAGUAAAGUUGUAUAUGUAAAUAUUAGCAAUAGCAACAGCAAUAGAAGACAUUUGCUACAAAUUGUAUGUUGUGACUCUUGAAAAGUUCUUGCCAACCUGAGAUGGAGAAGUAACUCUUUAUAGAUCUUUUGUUCUUUUCUUUUUCUUUCUGCUUUAUGUUCACAUACACAGCAUCCCUGUUUGAUAGACUAACUUGUACUUUAUAAUGCAAAUUAAGUUUCUUAUGACUGGAUUCACCAUGGACAAGACUAUGUAUGAAACAUAAAGACACACCAAACUCUAUAUUUACUUGUGGUUUGGUCAAUGGUUUUGCAAAAAAUGAUCAAAAGGUAAGUCAUAGAACAAGUUUUAACCGGAACAUAUAGAUUCCAUACAGUGGCGGAUCUAGAAAAUAUUUUGACUUGGGAAAAAUUAAUUAGUUAAAUAGUGAUAUUAUAAUAUAUAAAUAUUUUAUAUCUUUUAAAAAAAUUUAGAAGAAAACUAAACCAGUAAAAUAAUACAAAUAAUUUUUUUAAAAAAAUAAAAGAACUAUAAAAUAAAUCCACUAACAAAAUAAACUGAAAUAGAAAAUACUAGAACUGUUUGUUAUGAAAACAAAAAUAUUCAAAAGACAUGUGAUGAAUAAUUAAUGAACAAAAAAAUUAAGAAAAGGCAGGUGAGAAAAAAGUAAAAAAAAAAAAGAGGUGAGAAAUAGGAAAGAGAACGACAGGUGGAGGAAAGAGGAAUCAGAAAAAGUAAGAAAAAUAAAGGGGGCAGAUGGGCUUUGAACUGUGACCCAGUGGAGGCAUCGUAGUAGAUUUAACCAUAUGAACUGCAAAAUCCUUGAUAUUUCUAAUACAUAGAAAAGUUUGUAUAGUUUUAGUGGGGGCAGCUGCCCCCUCCUUGGACACUGUAGAUCCGCCCCUGAUUCCAUAUGCCAAAGUGACGAGAAGAGAAGAAUAUGCGUUGACAAAGUCAAACGUGAACGAAACCAGCAUGUUACUGACUUGGCUUACACGUCUUUUACCUGAAUUCAUCACAUGUCUGAUUACUUGUAAGACUAUCUUUCUUUUGUCUGCGUGACUGCUUCUCUCUCUCUCUAUUAUAUAAGUCUCGUCACAUCUCAACAAUUACUAAAUUCAUAGUUUUUUCAUUUGGAGAUCUCUGACAUGUCUGUAAAGAAACAGGCUUCGGAGAGCAAGAACAAUGGAAGUUAUUAUAGAUGCUUGUCAUUCUCGUUCGUGGAGUCAUCAUCAACGGAUGGGAAGAAGAACAAACCAUUGUCGUUGAAUCGUAUGGAUUCAAAGAUGCUCAAGGCAGAUAUUGUGAAGUGGGCAAAGCGUGUAGCAGCCUACGCUCGUCAACUUAGCUCUAGAAAACGAGAUUAAGAAACAUGAAAGGAGUGUGAUGAUGAAUUGAUGAUCCUUCCUUCGUCUUCUAUCAUUCUAAAAGAUUUUUGAGAAGUAUUAUUUCAUAAAAAUAUAUAGGAUAAUAUUUCAUUUUUGUAUUUCUCAAUGCAACAAAAUAGUAGUUUUGUAUUUAUUAUUCCAGCUUGUAAUCUAGUGAGAUGAUCUUAUAUUCUUAUAUAUCUAUUAAGAAGUGUAUAUUUAUAUUCUCUUUCAGGUUCUUAAGACCACAUUUGAUUU